GGAAAGUGAGUUUUUCAGAAUCUGUGAAGAUGGCCGGCGUGCAGCCCCCUCCCCUGCGCAGCCUGGACGAUUUCCUGCUGUGCUCGGCCCGCUUCGCGGUGCCGGACGUGCGGGACCUGGACCGCUGGAACCACCGCAUGAUCAACAACCUGCUGUACUACCAGACCAACUACCUGCUGAGCGCGCUCGUGCUGCUGCUCAUCGUGGGGUACUUCCAGCCGUUCCAGAUGUUUGUUGGGGUGACGGUGGUCUCCAUAGCGUUUUUGGGCUUUGUGUUUGCUGCAGAAAACCAAGCGACUGUCCGCCGUUUCCGUAGAAACCACCCCUACGUGUCUGUGACGGCCGUCCUUCUGGCCACCUACCUGUUCAUGUUGGCGCUUGGAGGAGUGGCGGUCUUCCUGUUUGGGAUUGCGUUCCCCGUACUGACCGUCUGCAUCCAUGCGUCGGUGAGGCUGCGCAGCCUGAAGAACAAGCUGGAGAACAAGCUGGAGAGCAUCGGCCUGAAGAGGACACCCAUGGGACUUCUGCUGGAGGCGCUGGGACAGGAGCAGGAGGCGGGGUCCUAGAGGGGAGGGGGCAAGUGAAAGGGAGGGACCGUCAGCUACAGUAAAACAGGACGGACAUCGGAAACGGGACUUUCUCCUGUCCCGGAAUCAAACUACUGUUGGGGAUUCACUGCUCCAGUUGAUGUUUGCAGUCCCGGUUUCAUUCUUUCUGCUUUUUCAGGAAUGCUAGAGAGAAAAAAAGUAGAUUUCAGAACAAAUGUUGAGUUUAGAGGAUGUGUGGAAGUGUUGCUGUGUGGUUUUGGGGUGGAAAGGUGGCUGCACGAUACGAGGACAAAUCGCGAUAUUAGUGAUCAAUAUUGCAACGAUGAUAUAACUAAAUCCAUCAUUUCCAUGUCACUGCAACAGUUUAAUGUAAAUAAGAGUCAAAAUAACUUAAAUUAUAAUCCAAAUGACCCUCGUCUACAGAGGAGAAGAUUCGUCUGAUUGGUCAGUGAUGUAAAGGAAUUCAUCCGAUUGGUCAAAUCCAUAAAGGAAUUGAUUUAAUUCGUCAAAUACUUCAAGCUGCCAUAUGAUUGUUUUAGCGUAUUUAAGGGAACCGUUGAUCGCAGUUUUUGCAGACUUUUGCGACAUGCGUAUUGCACAGCUAAAUUAGCGAUGUAUCCUGCAGGCCUAGCUCUUGCCUUUCAUUGGUACAAUGAUUGGCUAUGUCUGUGUAAGCUUCUCACUCGGGAAACCUAAGCGUGAUAAGCACGCCUUAUGCCCACCUUCUUUGAUCGGUUCUGACGGGUUCCGUGAUGCACAGUUAUGGACUCUCCUCUCUGCUUCAUUCCAUAGGAAGCUGAUCUCUGCUGCAUCUGAAUUGAUGUGGGUCUUUUCAGGCAAAAAGCUGCUUUGACUUAGUUUUUUAUGUCAGAAAGCCUCAUUUUGCGAAAGCUUCACCUUUGUCUGCCUUUUUAUUACUAGUUGUGUGUUUUUUGAAGUUUCCUAGAUAAAUGGAUGUUGAAUCAAAUUGUGGAUCCCAGUCAAAAGGUUCAGGGAUUCUGUGGUUCCUGAACACUCCAUUCAUUUCUCUCCGUCAUGACGCGGAUUCUGUUCUAAAGCCCUUCAGUGCUGGCAGACGCUCUGCAGGUUUUCCCGUGAAAGCGGGUCUCGGACGCCACAUUCAGGCAGACGAGGCAGAUGUCUGCCGGCGUUGGAUCAGAUUUGAGUUGAUCCGUUUCCCGGUUUUGGUCCGCUCAGAGGAGCCGCUGAAGGACCCAUCGUCCUUCAGCCCCGUUUGAGGUUCUGACCCAGAUGAUGAGCUGGCGCUCAGCGAGGAGCUGCUGACAUCACGGCUUGAGAUCCAUUUCUGAGGAGAAAAACUGUAAACAUCCCCAGAAAGAUGUUGGAAGGAGAUGCAGAGACAAACGGACUGAACUCAAAGCCCGUUUUCAGGGCUGAACUUUUGCCAGAAAGCUUUUAUAUUUAGACCAGAACAAGUCCUUUCUGUAGUUUUUACUCUUUGUAUUUCACACGUUUGUAUAUUUUCUUUAGUUUGAGACAGAGGCUAAGUUCUGAAAUGAUUUCCUCCUUUUUUUCCGAUGUUUAUAACAUCUAAAGCUUUGAUUUGAAUACAUUCUGUCUCAUGUUUCAAACUCGUUUUUGGUUCUACUCCUUGAAUUGCAAACACAGUUUUAUCCUGAAAUAAGUGAAUGAAUUGAAUUUUGCAUUCAGUGAACUUUUCAUUUUAUUUCUUUGACAUCCCAACACUGCACAGGCAUGUCCAAAGCGUGGACAACAGUGGAGGGAUGCAAGGUUUGUUCUGUUUAGAGUGACAUUAAAGGCUGACACACAACAAGACUUGAAGCAUUGGCAAGGAAGGCAAUGGAAGGCUCUACAAAAAAGAUGGAAAUUAGAAAAACUAAUUCCUCUGAAUAUCUUUAAAUCCAGGCUGAGAUUGGAGGAGAAAGUCACUUUUAACUGUACCUGUUUCACACAAGCUCUCAUUUUUGUUCAUUUUACGUUUUAAAUGAUUACAUUUUUAUUGUAAAUGUAAUUUAUUGUUUCCCCCUGGCCAGGACUUCCUUGAAAAAGAGAUUUCAAUGAGACAUUUCCUGGGUAAAUAAAUGCUAAAUAAAAAAAAAAACCCAUCUGAAGACAGAUGUAGAGGAGUUAACUCCAUAUUACCCAUUGUAUCAUAUUUGAUACGGACAUUUCUGAGACUCUGGUGUCAUUUACAUAAUCUAAACUUUCCCUAGAAACCUACUGUAUUGAACUGGGUCCAUGUUUUCUGUCCUGUAGUUCAUCAUCAUUCCACUAGGGGCAGUAGAAGGGCUUUCCCCCCCAAAUUGGCUGUUUUCGGCCGGAAAAGUUUUGCUAAUUUUUCAAAACUCCAUGGGUUUUGACGGCAACCAUAAAAUAAAAUAAAGUUGUGAAAUUAUGAUUUUAAAAAGGAAAAUAAAGUUUUUAUUUUAUGAAAAUUACGUUCAAUGGGAUGAACAUCAUCUGCAAUAAAUUAAUAAUAAUGAAUGUUAAAAUGUAUGUCGAAACAUUUAAAAAAGCUUCAAUGAAUUUUAUUGUUUCUGUAAUAAGUUGGAUAAAUCUGUGUGAUUUUUUCUUAAUAUCUACAAUCAACGAUUAAAAUAUGCCAAAAUCAAAUCAAAUGUAAGAUUUUAUUUUCAAAACAGCUCAACUUAUUUCCUGUAAAAUUGUGACAUUUAAAAGCAUAAAUUUACGUCUUUAUCCUCGUAAAUGAUUGAAUUCUCAUGUUUGAAUGACUUGUUUUUACAUCAGUCUCAUUUAUUUGUUUAUUUUUCUUCUUUUAUGGAGGCCCAGAGAAUAUUUAAGUGAUUGUUCUUUGUUUUAAUAACUACUUGAUUUGUUGUAAAUUAAUUCUUUAUAAUACAGUUGCACUGUGUUAAAUCCAAUUUGAGGCGGUGGGUAAAGAAGGAGCUUUUUUCCUGAACACUCAUGUCAAAUUCUGCAUCUUAAAGUAACAUUAUUGAGAGCGAAAAAGUACCAAAUCAUAACUAAAUUGAUCUAUUUGUGGAUUUCAUCAAAGGUUUUAGAAACGUCUUAAUUAGAAGAAAAGUGGAUUUUCUGUCAGAUGGGUUUAGUAAAGGAGGAAAUCAUUUUUUUAAAUCACCUGAAAUAUGUUGAUCUGAAACAAAAGCAAAACAAGCGAAAUUAUCGUUUCUAUUACCAAUAAAUUCACAUAAUUUCAUGAUUUUAACCGUACAAUGUGACAAAAAAAACGUCUGAACGUCUGACUUCUGUGUGAAAGAAAGUUUGGAUUUAUUCUGAACUAUAAUUAAAAAGCAAGGAAAACGUA